AUGAUUCUUGAUCCCCAGCCGGCAUUUCUUCAGCGAUUAGAACUUCCUUUAAAGAGUGAAGAUGCUAUCCAGACACCCAUCCCUCCUCAUUUCGCAUCCUUGGUUGAAACAUUAAGAAAUAAUACGGUCCUCUCUCUCUCUCUCUCUCUCUCUCUCACUCUUUCUCUUUUCCUUUUUUCUCGCAUUGUCUGUCUGCUUCUCUCUCUCACUCUUUAUCUUUCUCUCACCACCCUCUUUCGCUUUUUCUCUUUCUUUUUUCUCGCUUUUUCUGUUUAUCACACACACACACACAUACUCUCUCUCUCUCCCUCCCUCUCUCUCUCCCUCUCUCUCCCUCUCUCUCCCUCUCUCUCUCUCUAUCUCGUUCUUUCUAUUUCUUUUUUCUCGCUUCGUCUGUCUGUGUCUCUCCCCCUCCACCCUCUCCCUAUCUCUCUCUUUUUUCUCGCUUUUUCUGUUUAUCUCACAUACACACACACACACGCACACACACACACACACACACUCUCUCUCUCUCUCUCUCUCUCUCUCUCUCUAUCUCGUUCUUUCUAUUUCUUUUUUCUCGCUUUGUCUGUCUAUUUCUCUCUCCCCCUCCACCCUAUCUUUCUCUUUUCUUUUUCUCGCUUUGUCUAUCCUUUUUUCUUUCUCCUACCCCCUCUUUCUCUCUUUCUUUUUCUCUCUCUCUCUAGGUUCAUUUUUUGUAACAAGGUACCAGUUUCUUCUUCUUCUUCUUCUUCUUCUUCGUUGUCGUCGUCAUUUUUUUUCUUCGUCGUCUUCCACGUUUUCUUCUUCGUCUUCUUCGUCGUCUUCUUCAUCAUCAUCUUCAUUGUCGUCUCCGUUUUCUUCUUCUUCUUCGUUGUUGUCGUCGUCGUCUUCUCUAUCUUCUUCUUCUUUGUCGUCUUCUUCGUUUUCUUCUCCAAGAGGCGGGCGAAGCAGCUGCUGAAGUUCAGAAAGCUUUCUUUCUGGCGGCUCUUUCUCUUUCUUUCUUUCUUUCUUUCUUUCUUUCUUUCUUUCGUUCCAUGCUUUGUGUUCUUUCUUUCCUUCUUUCUUUCUCUCUAUUUCUUUCUACCUUUUCUUCCUUUCUUUCUUUCUUUCUUUCUGACAGCUCUAUUUCUUUCUUUCUUUCUUUCUUUCUUUCUUUCUUUCUUUCCAUGCUUUGUGUUCUUUCAUUCCUUCUUUCUGUCCCUUUAUUUCUUUCUAAUACCACUUUUUUCUUCCUUUCUUUCUCUUUCCUUCUUUCUUUCUGACAGCUCUAUUUCUUUCUUUCUUUCUUUCCCUUUCUUUCUUUCUUUCCCUUUAUUUCUUUCUAAUACCUCUUUUUUCUUUCUUUCUUGCUGUUUUCUUUCUAUUUCUUUCUUUCUUUCUUUCCUUCUUUCCAUGUUUUGUGUUCUUUCUUUCCUUCUUUCUGUCCCUUUAUUUCUUUCUAAUACCUCUUUUUUCUUCCUUUCUUUCUCUUUCUUUCUUUUUCUUUUCUUUCUUUCUUUCCAUGCUUUGUGUUCUUUCUUUCUAAUUCUUUCUUACAGCUCUUUUUUCUUUCCUUUUUUCCUUCUUUCUUUCUUUCUUUCUUUCUUUCUUUCAGCUCUUUUUCUGUUCGCACUCAUUUUAUUUCGUCUUUCCUUUCUUUCUUCUUUUAAUCUAUCUUUCUUUUUCUUUCUUUUCUUUCUUCCUUUAAUCUAUCUUUCUUUUUCUUUUCUUUUCUUUCUUCCUUUAAUCUAUCUUUCCUUUUCUUUUCUUUUCUUUCUUCCUUUAAUCUAUCUUUCCUUUUUUUUUCUUUUCUUUCUUCCCUUUUUUUUUUUUCCUUUAAUCUAUCUUUCCUUUUCUUUUCUUUUCUUUCUUCGUUUAAUCUAUCUUUCCUUUUCUUUUCUUUUCUUUCUUCUUUUAAUCUAUCUUUCUUUUUCUUUUCUUUUCUUGUUUCCUUUAAUCUAUCUUUCCUUUUCUUUUCUUUUCUUUCUUGGUUUAAACUAUCUAUCCUUUUCUUUUCUUUUCUUUCUUCCUUUAAUCUAUCUUUCCUUUUCUUUUCUUUUCUUUCUUCUUUUAAUCUAUCUUUCCUUUUCUUUUCUUUUCUUUCUUAGUUUAAUCUAUCUUUCCUUUUCUUUUCUUUCUUCUUUUAAUCUAUCUUUCCUUUUCUUUUCUUUUCUUUCUUCGUUUAAUCUAUCUUUCCUUUUCUUUUCUUUUCUUUCUUCUUUUAAUCUAUCUUUCUUUUUCUUUUCUUUUCUUUCUUCUUUAAAUCUAUCUUUCUUUUUCUUUCUUUUCUUUUUUCCUUUAAUCUAUCUUUCCUUUUCUUUUCUUUUCUUUCUUCCUUUAAUCUAUCUUUCCUUUUCUUUUCUUUUCUUUCUUCUUUUAAUCUAUCUUUCCUUUUCUUUUCUUUUCUUUCUUCUUUUAAUCUAUCUUUCUUUUUCUUUCCCUUUCUUUCUUCCUUUAAUCUGUCUUUCCUUUUCUUUCCUUUCUUCCUUUAAUCUAUCUUUCAUCCUUUAA